UCGGAUGGUAUUUAGCUUCUGAUCAUACUCCUUUAUGAGCUUAUGAGCGUCGAUUGUUGCUUAUUUGAUGUUUGAUGUGUUAGUCUUCAGUUUUUGUUUCGUUUGUUUUUGAGAUUGUUCUAUUUUAAUUGCUUCCUGUUAAACGAUCAUUAUGUAUACUGUCUUGUGCUUUCUGUGUGAUUUGGAUGUGCAGUUUGGUAUAAAUCGCUUUUUCCCGGAUAUUCUCCUAUCUUUGUUUGUUCAACUUGUACUUUCUGGUCUUGUUCAAAUCAUGUGAUAUUUUUUUUUCUUUCUGCAAAUAUUCCAAAUAUCCCAGAUAUCAGAAGUUUAAUUGUUCAAUUUGGGCUUAUCGUGUGGAUCAUAGUCGCCACCAGGACAUUCAUAAUUCAAUGCAUAUUAAGGGAUUUAGUCGGGAUUGCACUUUUUUAUCAAGUGAUCAGUCCGCCUCUUUCCAGCAGGCAUAUGUAUUGGAGCGAUCAAGAUCUCUGUCGUGAACAAAUAUAUUAAUAAUUAUCUGAAAAACCUCGUAUUUUGUGGAAAACUGAUUUUCUAUUUAUUUUUGUGGCUCAGGCGGUUGUUUGGGUUUUAGUACUUCUGGUGGUUAGUUCUGUUCCAAUCACUGCCUGUUGGAUGACGGCUAGUCCGUAGCGUUGGUCCAAGUUUAGUGUUACCAUUUCUUUCCUUAGCAUCAACUAGGUUAGAUGGUUUUCAAUCAUGCAGGUUUAAGAAUCUGAUGGUGGUAAAUUGGGAGUAAACUUUUGAGUUUGGAACUCUUGGAGUGCUGGUCACAUCUGCAGCUUCAGGAACUUUUUGACUGACUGGGAAACUGAAGAACAGAUUUGAAUUCAGAUUUUAUGUUCUCUUCAGGAUUAGCAUGAUUGGCUGCCAUCUUGGAGAGUUGUAAGCUGGUCUUCAUAUCUGGGGAGAAUAUUAUAUGGUUGAGUCUGAGUCAAGGGAUAUAAAAUUAUCACUAGUAUGAGGCAUAGGCAUUUAUUAAGUACAUCCCAAAUGUUUGAGAAUGAUCAUGAUCAGAGUUGGAAUCAAAUGCGUGGAGAAGAGCCUUACCCAAAUUUAGGGGGUGCUGAAACUGCAGAUGACAACUCUUUCUUUUUUCCUGUAGAGAACAUUUCUGGAGAUGGUGUGCAUUUUGCUUCACAUUGGAACUCUGUGCCUGAGUCCAAUGGAUGUAUCCCUCCAGGUCAAACUGUUGAACAAUUGCAUUAUCAACCAGAUGCUCCAGGUCCAUCUCAUGAUUUUUUCCUCCAUUCAUCAAACACUGCAACCAUCUGUCCUGCACAAGAAAAUUAUGGACAUCAUGCAUCUUCUUCAAAUUAUGAAAGACAAAUGUGGACUGAUGGUGGGUUUGCUGAUCUUACUGGGGGCAAUGGAAGAGGUUCUCACAAGCGGAAAAACCCAGGCAUUCCUUCUGUCUGUGACAGAGGAAGUUCAAGCAGAUACUACAGUGCCGGAAGUUCCUCUGAUCUCCCUGUAUCUUCUGAUUUACGGCCAGACAAACGAAGUAUAGAUUCUCAGCACAUGCCCCAGGAUCAAAUUUCUAUGAACCCUGCAUAUGGAAGCAAUGGACUUAUUAGGAGUGAAGGUUCUACGAGGAAUGUGAGAAUCCGUCCUGCAGUUAAUUUUGAAUCUAAUUCAGCUAGGACUCAUCUGUCGAACAAUCAUUCCCACAGUUCCCAUUCUACAAGCCACCAUAUCAACCAUUCCAGUUCUGUAGAUCUGUCAGGUCAGAGUUCUGGUGCUUCAACUAUGGAAUGGAGCCAUGUUAGGAUGUCCCUGGGUCAUGGAAGGAUCCUUGUUUCAGAGAGCACUGGUUUGAGUCCUGAGACGAACCACUUUCUUGUUGGAAGUAAUGCCACAUAUACAUCUGUGGACGAUGGUGCAUACUACCAUGAUUUCUUUGCAAAUAGAAACUCUACUGUUGCACAAAGUUUUUCUGGCACUUCAUCUCAAUCUGUGAGAGGUGUCCGCAGCAGCUACUCCCAGAGGUCAAGCCCAACUUUCAGGGCUUCCUCAAGCAAUUUGCGGUUGGGGCAUGUGGCACCUUUGAAUGAGGGGCCGCAGUUGGUUGGUGAAAGCUACUCCUCUAGGCAUCCGAGGCCUUUGCCUGCGAUUGCAUGGCGUAGUGGUGACAGGUCUGGGAGAUCUAGGAUACUGAAUGAGAGGUACCGAAUGUUCUCUGGUGAUGCUGGCCUCCACAACCGGUUUUCAUCAGAGAGUUUUAUGGUUGUAGACCGCGCAGCAUUUUAUGGCUCUAGACAUACGAGAGAUCAGCAUAGAGACAUGAGGCUUGACAUAGACAACAUGACUUACGAGGAACUACUUGCUUUGGGUGACAGGAUUGGAAAUGUGAACACUGGCUUAUCUGAAGAUUCAAUUUCGAAGUGUCUGUCAGAAGCAAUAUAUUGUUCAGCAGAUCAAAAUCAGGAGGGAUCAUGUGCAAUCUGCCUGGAGGAGUACAAAGACAUGGAUAAUGUUGGCAAACUGAAGGCUUGCGGCCACGAUUACCAUGUUUUCUGCAUCAAGAAGUGGUUGUCCAUGAAGAACUCUUGUCCAAUCUGCAAAGCUUCUGCACUGGCAGAUGAUAUGAAGAAGCAUCCAUCUGGAAUAUUUGGAGCCUCCAUAAUACAUUCAUGAAAGUGACUCUUGUGCUUUCAAUGCAGCAAUGCUGCUUAUUUUUUAAAUCC